UGUACUGUAGCCAUAGAGUGAAAUAGCGUUGUAGAGCUAGCUACGUACCGGUACGUACAAAAAAGUAUUAGGCCUAGGUACUUUAGCCCUAUCGAUGCCAGUGAUGGCUGCACAAGUCCAUUUAGGAUUGCCCAAAUUUUGAUGUAAAGCUGGGACCAAAUUUCGGCUAUGUUUUUACGAAAGAAGCGGUGGAGGAAAUGAUAAGGCAUCAUGAGGUGUCAACAUUUUCAUCGUUUACAAUCCAGCAGACGAGAUGCACGCCCGCGCUGCCAAAGAAGGGCCAGGAACGGGGCCAGGCCCAGGAACAGGAGAUAAAGGUGGUCCAAGGAUAUACUGGCAAGAUGUUGCAACCAGUAAAUUUUCAGUGCCUGCUGCAGCAAUCCCUUUUGAUGGUAUACCAUACACCUAUGUAUCAAAGCUGCUAUAUGAGUGUCACCAUGGGAAGGAUUGGAAGGAAAAGCAAAAUAUUCUCAAGCGAGAUCAACGCAAACAGGUGGGAGAACAUGGCUAUGUUGGCACUAAAUCCAGGAGACUCAUCCAACCUACAAAGAAAUAGAAUUGUCCAGCAAAACUUAUUGUCAAGGAAGUUUUUAAAUAUCCAGAUUUCAAGGUACAGGAGGAAUAACCUGAAAGCGUCUUCCAAGUCAAGAAAGUUUAGUACAGAUAUUCCUGACUACCUACACAACCGUCCCUUGUCUGUUAUAAAGUUCUGCAUGGACCAAUUAGAGAGUAGCAAACAAGUAAGAAAGGCAGAUGUAAGAACAGGGGAUGUACCAAAUAGUUACAAGGUACAGAGUAUCAGUAGACAAACUGCAUUCUACAAUGUUAGUUUUGACAAACCAGCAUGUGAUUGUUUCACGUGGAGACGAAACGGGAUCCCAUGUAAACAUUUCUUUGCAGUAUUUACACACACAAAUUCCAAAUGGCAAGAUCUACCAGAAUCAUAUAGGUCGUCCCCAUUCCUAAUCAUUGAUGUCCCAGAUGAUAUCAUCCCAAAAAUGGGGACAUGUCAUGAUUUUAUUUCAUGUUCAAUAAAUAUGGUCUUGCAGUAUUUUUCCAUGAAUCGGGAAGAAAGUCUUGCACGAGAACCUUGACCAUUUUACUCA